AUGUUAGGAGACCGGUGUCUGACUGACUGCCUGGAGACGUAUUCCUCUGGGGUGUAUGAGGGUCUGUGUAACAUCACACUUGACCGACCUCUGAUCUCUGAGAAGCUGAAGGCUGAACUCAACCCUCUAGUCAUCACCAUCCUGUCAGCCUCCUCCCUGCCAUCAUCCCCUGUCCCCUUCCAUGUCUUAGAGGAGAAGUGUCUGCCAGUGUACUGCCAGUACCAGUUCCAUAACACGUCUAAGCACCGGACCAAAGGCCAGGAACACAGGACUAACGUUUACUUCAAUGACGUCAAUGUCAUCAUGACAGGCUUGCUAAGUCCCGGGGAGCUGUUGGAGGUCCUGCGAGGUCCUCCGCUGGAGAUUGAGGUCCACGACAGAGACAGGAAGUUGGAGAAGGUGUCGACCAGCCCCGCCCUGUUUGGGACAUAUCCCAAUGAUGACAAGCUAAGCAGUGUCGUCCCUGUCUCUGGGAAACGGACCAAUCACCACCCCUUCAGAGAGAACAGCAAACACUAUGACCCCUGUGGCCUCGCCAAGCUUAACCUCAACGACCUGCUACAAGGACAGAGGAGUCUGAAGGUGAACCUGCCGAUCCGCUGUUCCCCACCGCCCCAGCUGUUGAGUAGUGAGAGGAGUGACUGGGAGAGGAAAAUGGCCUCCAUGCCAGGGACAGGAGGGGUGGAUGGGUCAGAGCAACAGCCUGGACACUACUUUGACGCCAAUUCACAGCUAAAGGUGCAGGUGGAGAUUGCCUGUCCUCUGACGGGAGGAGGUGGGGCCAGUGACGGGGCAUGGGACUGCCCGUUCGGACGCAUCAUAUACCUGUUCAAGUACGCUAAUGUCCCGGUGAUGUCACGGCUUAGGGCGGAGCUACUAAGGAUCAAUGCUGUGGCGUUCCAUCUGGAGGACCAAUCAGAGGAGACUGUGGAGCGGGCAUUGUCGUGUUACAAGAUGGCGGCGCCGGAGAGGGAGAGCUGUGACUUGGAUGUG